UUUGGUUUAAUUCACCACCACUACAUGAAUAUCUUUCAUACCAACGUGAGAAAUUUCCUUUUGAUUUACAAACAUUUAAUCAAUUUAAUGAAAAUUUUAUGGAUUUUCGGGAUUCAGCUUCUCAUGAUAAGAUACUUGGAAUGUGUCAAUUAAGAAGUGAUAUUCUGCGUAAGAAAAAACAAGUAGAAAUUGAAAAAGCAGAAAAUCUUUAUAAAUGA